AUGGAAAAUAAUAUUAUUUCGAGGAAAUUGGAUUUUGAGGCUCUGGUGGAGAAACACCAGCAAUUGGGGCGCUAUUUCGACGGGGCGAGGUACGACUUCCGCAGUAACGAGGCGGUCAUUGCGAUCACUGAGGUUUUGCUGAAGGAGUGGGGGCUGGAGGUACACGUAGACAGGGCCAGAUUAUGUCCGCGAUUAUUCAAUCGUCUCGACUACCUGGAGUUUAUGUGCCAAUUGCUCGGUUCAUGGACAAAUCAUGUGGGGCUAGACGUCGGCACAGGCCAUCUGGCGAUCUAUGCACUACUGGGAGCCAGACUAUUCGAUCUGCAGUUUGUGGGCACAGAUAUUGACGAGGAGUCGUUGGAGCUGGCUCGGGCCACUGUGGAGCAGAAUAAUCUGCAGGAGAAAAUCCAGCUGGUGCUGACCAGGCCGCAGGACCCGCUAGGUAGCAUUUGUGCGUCGAAUGAUCUUGGAAAGCGAGUCCGUGAAAAGUUCCCCCAUCCGCUGGUUCUCCAGUCUCAUUGGAAAAUACGACUCGCUCAAGCCCCUGAUCUCGCUUCUGCGCGUCCGCAAAAUCGACAACUUCGGCGUGCACGAGUUCCGCAGCAGCCAGGCGCUGGCAGGAACACGCCGCUGGAUCCUAUUCUGGUCUUUCCAGCCCGAGCGGCCCGACGCAGACCUGUUCAACAGUGUAGUGCGUCAGAAAACGCGACGCGAGCUCCAGUGCACGCGCGACAAGCUGCUGGAGCGGAUCGAUGA